AUGGAGCGUGUUGUCAAGAAGAUGGCAGACCCUUGUGAUCUUAAUCUUUUGCUGUUUGGUAAAACUGGUGUAGGAGUGAGUGCAACUGCAAACCACCUCCUGGGUGUAAACGAGUUCAAAUCCGAGCAGAGUUUGACUCCCGUCACCGAGAGAUGCCAGAUACACACUGCUGAAGUGUCAAACAAAAGAGUGACAGUUGUCGACAGUCCAAACUUCUCAAGUACAACUAAUGCCAAAUUGACUGCAGAGUUGAAGAAAGGACUAAGCAUGUGCCCUUCAGGAGUACACGCAAUCCUGCUGGUUUUCUCUUUAGGCACUUUCACCACACAAGACAUGGAGGUUGUGUCCUUUUUCAAGCAGACAUUUGGCAAGAAUGCAAUGAAACACACAAUUAUCAUCUUUACAAAUGGAGACCGACUUCAAAAUAAAACCCUAGAAGAAAUGUCAAGCGAAAACACAGAGCUGUCCACACUAAUGAAGGAGUGUGGAUGGAGAUUUCAUGUGCUGAACAAUAAUGAACUGUCUAACAGAGAGCAGGUCACUGAAUUACUGGGAAAAAUUGAAAAAAUGAUAGCUGAAAAUCUAAACAGUUGCUAUACUUUACUAAUGUUUGAGACUCAAUCCAAUGUAGUUUUACUGAGAUUGAUGAAGCCAGGGAAUCUCUAUGCAGUUAAUCUUUUAAUUGUUGUUUUUCUGGGUUAUUCUAAUAUGAGUAACAAAUGUUUAUUUGAUGUAAAAACAUUUACGUAUGGAUGUUCUGGUGCUUUGUUAGCAGCAGUAGCAGGAGUCCUUCCAGGAGUCCUUUACACACUGUUCCCUAUUGCUGGCCCUGCUGGUGCUGUGGUUGGUGGAACUUUUGGUGCAGCUGUUGGUGCAGCUGUUGAUUAUCUGGGGAUAGACUAG